GAAUAAGCAGUAUGUGCACUGAUAAAUGAGACAAAAGAUAUUUGUUGACACUAUAUGCAGUACCAAUUUGCUUUGUGAAUCAUUAUUUAGUUACAACAAAAUCGUAAUAUCAUUAGUAUUUUUGUAAGAAGAAAAAGCAGUGAUUAGAAGACCUGACAUUUUAUUUAUUCAUAUACAUAUAUAAUUGGAAUUUUCCUGAGGUAUAUAAAGUUUUCUUCACGUUUUCAAAAUAUAUAGUGUGGCCCCAGCUUAUAGGAUGCCUAUAUUAUACAGUGUUAUUUGUCGGGGCACCACUGUUUUAGUUAAAUUUGCUACAUGUGCUGGUAAUUUUGAAGAAGUAACACAACAAAUUUUAUCAAAAAUUCCCCCGCAUAAUGAUAAACUUACAUAUUCGCAUGGAAAUUAUCUUUUUCACUAUAUAUUGGAAAAUAAUAUUCUUUAUAUGUGUAUAACAGAUGAUGAGUUUGAACGCAGCCGCGCAUUUUUAUUUCUUAAUACAAUUAAAAGGAGGUUUCAAACCACAUAUGGAACAAGUGCAAAUACUGCUUUAGCUUAUGCUAUGAAUUCUGAAUUUUCCUCUGUUUUGGCAACUGAAAUGAAGUACUAUUCAGAAUCUCAUGAACUUGAUACAAUUUCUAGAGUACAUAGUGAAUUAGAUGAAUUAAAAAGUAUAAUGGUAAAGAAUAUUGAUGAUAUGGCAAUGAGAGGAGAAAAACUAGAACAUCUCCUUAUUAAAACAGAUAAUCUUAAUAAUGGGUCGAGGACGUUUAAGACUGAAAGCAGAAAUUUAGCAAGAUCUUUGUUUUGGAAGAAUAUAAAACUGUAUGUUAUUAUCGGGAUUGUCAUUACUGUGAUUAUAUAUUUCAUUAUUUCCAUAUCAUGUGGAGGGUUGCUUUGGCAAGGGUGUGUAUAAAAAAUAUAACUAUUUAUUUCUUCAUAAAAAUAGCAUUAUUACUAAAUCUUGUAGUUAAAGGGGAAUAUUUUGAUUAAAAACAUAGUUUUAUGAAGGUUUUAUUAGUCAUCCGAAGUGACAGAUUUUAAACAAGUAUCAUUGAAGCUUAGAGUUUAAUACAUAUAUCUAUACUGUGAUGAAAUAAAUAUCAACAAAAUAACAGAAAUAUGUUUCUUAUAAGUGCUUAAAUAGAAUAUCACUUUUAUUUUUAAUUAAACAACUGUCAUAUAUUUUUGUGUAUCAGGAUUUACUUCUAUAAUAAAAUCAAAUUUAAAUUUGAUAUGAUUGUAUUAUAAAUAGGUCGUAAUAUAUCAUAAUGUAUCA